AUGGCAGACAUCACCACCAAUUCUGCCUCUGAGCCCUCCACCAAAGAAACCGUCAUCGAUCAAAUCGUCUCUGUCGUUGGCGAGCACACCCUCGACACGGUUUCUCCCACUCCUGACAUCCAACCCACUAUCCCCGUUGCCCCUUCCACCCCCGGUGAUGAUGACUUCAUCCCCUGCUGCACUACUGAAAGCCCCAUCCCUAAAGCCUUGCGCAACACCAAUGAUAAAAAUGUCGCUAGCAUCAUGCUCGGCCUCAAGCACGCAUGUCCUCGCUGGGCGCCCGGCUCCGUCAUCAAAUGGGUCGCCAUGAAGGAAGGCUUCAAAACCUCUGCUGAUGCCGAAUACGCCGCGCAGCAACUUAACAUGGCCUGCCAAAAGUGGAAUGAGCUCUCUAUAGGAGUGACCUUUGAAUGGGUUACUAACCUGGCGGAUGCAACAUUUGCACUAUGGCAUGGCGGGAGCCAGGGCGGUGCGUUGGCGUCAGCAUUCUUUCCUAACCCUAACGACUUGAGCAAUUUGCUGGUGUAUAACUUAGCAUUUGCUAUGCCUAAGUGGAAGGAGAAUAUGUGGAAGGUAUUUAUGCACGAGUUAGGUCAUGUGCUAGGGCUGAGGCAUGAGUUCGCGCUGGAUAUUGAUCCCGAGACGGGCAAGGCUAGGGAGGGGUUUGAGGCAGUACAACUGGGGGAUCGGAAUGACAAGUCAGUCAUGACGUAUAGGAGUGAGCCGCCAGAAGUUCAGCAGAGUGAUGUGGAAAGUCUUAGGGCAUUUUACGCACUCCGGGACGGUGACAAGGUCGGAUUGACGCCUAUCCAGGAUUACUAUCCAAUGUAG